AAAUCCCUGCCUGAGGAAUACAGGGACCACGAAGGUCCUCAGGAGGGGACGGGAUUGAUCCAGUGUGGAGAGUACAGCAACCAGGUGCUUCCCAAUGGGCGCUGCAGGAUCGUGGCCACGCUGCCCCAGGGAGACGAGCAGAGGUGUCCCGACAUGUUCCGCUGCACGGACGAGGUGUCCUACUGGCUCCACGAGAAUGAGGAGCGCAAGCAGCAGAUCCUGGAGCUCAGGGAGCUGAUCUCAGAGCUCCAGGAGGAGCUGAGGAACCACAGGCACCGCAUCAAAGCUCUCGAGCUGCAGCACGAGGAGGCAGCUGGGAGGAACCACAGCCUGAGCCAACGCGUGCAGGACCUGGAGCAGCGGUACAGUGAGGCCAGCACCCUGCAGCACAUCCAGGCCACUCUGCUCUACGACAUGCAGGCCCAGAUCAACAACAUCUCCGUCCUCACUGACUGGGCCUGGCGCAAUCCCACCUGCCUCGGCCCUGCGGACAUCAGGCUGCAGGAGGAGAUGCACCAUCCAGAGAUGAAACACGCCAGGAACUGCCCCAUUGACUGUGCCUCCGUCUACUACAAUGGGCUGCGGCGCUCCGGGGUCUACAGCAUCAUGCCCUCGGUCAGGGGCAUGCCCAUCGAGGUCCUGUGUGAGAUGGACACUGAAGGUGGAGGCUGGACAGUCAUCCAGAGGCGUCAGGAUGGCUCCGUUGACUUCAACCGGACCUGGAACGAGUACAAGGAAGGGUUUGGGGACCUCAAUGGAGAGUUCUGGUUGGGCAAUGAGAACAUCCACAAGAUGACCAACCAAGGGGACUAUUCCCUGCGCAUUGACCUGGAGGACUGGAACAACAAACACAAACAUGCCUUCUAUCAGGUCUUCAGCAUUGAGGAUGAGGCCAACGACUACCGGUUGCACGUGGAUGGGUUCAGUGGGACCGUGGAGGAUUCCUUUGCCUGGUACCACAACAAGAGGAGCUUCAGCACUCCUGAUUCGGGGAAUAUCUGUGCUGAGAUCUCCCAUGGAGGCUGGUGGUACCACCAGUGCUUCUUCUCCAACCUCAACGGGGUCUACUACAAGGGUGGACGGUAUUCCAUCAAAAACCGCCGGAUGCUGGGGCCGGAUGGGAUCGUGUGGUACUCCUGGAAGGACACAGACUACUACUCCCUGAGGAAGGUGGUGAUGAUGAUCCGACCACGCACGUUUCGCCCCCACCUCUCCCCAUGA